CCUACACCAUGGAGGAGGUACAGAGGCUGGGGAAUGACGAGUCUCUCCUGGCUGAAGUCAGGACUCUACAGGACCAGCUCAGCUGCCGGGACACCUUCAUGUUGGGAUUCACUUCGGGAAGUACCGGCCAGCCGAAGUGUGUUGAGCUGAGCACUUACGCUAUUCAUAACAACAUCCGUUUUAUCGGCAAGGCUAUCGGUAUGCCGAAAGAGGGAACAGCACUCUACCCGUACCUGACAUUCCGGUUCGCUGUGAUCUACCCCUUCACGGCGGGGUGUGCACUGGUUGUUCCUGCAAGCUCGUCACCGUCGUCUCGAGAAAUGUUGGAAAUACUCCAAGAGGAGAAGUGCAAGGCGAUCGGCAUAUUAUAUCUGAAAGAAUGCCAUGGCUUGUUUCAUGAUCCACACCUCGGUGAUUACGACCUGUCUUCGCUUGACCGAGUGCUUGUCACCGGCAAUGUUAUGCCAAAGAGUCUAGUUGAUUAUGCUGCCAAAGUCCUGCCGAAUGCAACGAUGUUUGUUGGCUACGGUGGAACAGAGUUCAUGUUUGUGGCAUCAACGUCAGCCGAGAAGGUCGCGGAAGGGAAAGGAUCCACAGUGGGCAAGCUGUUACAGCAUACCGAGAUGCAGCUUGUGGACAAAGACGGCCAGGUUGUACCAUUAGGGCACGAGGGGGAGGUGUAUGUGAGAGCGUACUCUUUGUUUAACCGGUAUCGUGGAGACGAGGAGAAAACAGCAAAGGCGAUGACAGCUGACGGAUGGUACAAAACAGGUGAUGUCGGUGUUCUCGAUGAAGGAGUCGUCCUCAAGCUUUUUGGCAGAGUUUCGGAUAUGAUAAUCAGGAAUGCCUUUAACGUUCACCCGACUGCCGUUGAGUCACCUUUGUCAAAGCAUCCGAAGGUGCAAGAUGUCAGGGUUUUUGGCGUGCCUGAUCCGGCCAGUGUGGAGGAGAUCUGCGCAUGUAUCAUCCUGAAGGAAGGACAAACCGCGGACUCCCAGGAGAUGACGAAGUUCUGUGCAGAGAUCGGGCUCGUUCCGAUAGAAAUGCCCGGCUAUUUCCUCUUCAUGGACGAGUUUCCGAUGACGCGGACACUACGCAAGGUUGACCGGAAGAAGUUGAGACUGAUCGCCAUGGAGAAGCUUGGUCUGAAGGAGGAGGCCUGAUGGUCUCAAGCCUGCCGGGUUCACUAUUGCAAAGUGGUUUAUAUCAACAUGUCGACACAAAUGUUAAAGUGCCAUUCGUAAAGGGAAAAUUAAACUACCUCGGGGAAAAAUCACGUCUUUUUUUUAAUUCUAGUGAUAAAUUGACCUACUAAAUGGUAGCCCAAAUCAAUGUUUGAUAUGAACUAACAUUGAGCAGAACUGGAACAACAUCUCAGGUCCAUGAUAGGACUGUUCAUCAAACGUGUGGUAUAUGUAACAAAGAAAGAGAAGCACAUUCAUUUUCGUAUAAGAUUUAAUCAAACUGUGCAAAUGACGACUUAAUUUGCCUUAUCAAUGAGAAAAUGCGAUUGUUGUUUACAAAUAAUGGUUCAUCUUUGUGACAUUUGGGAUCAUUUUUGAUUAAGUAUAUUACUAACUUCUUUGCAUGAUUUAAGAGAAAAUGUUAGAAUAGCGUUCUUUGUUAAGAUGAGACUGAUACUUUGAACAACUUGUGUUGGGUGGAGACGAUAAGAAACUGAUACAAUUUAUGCAAAUAAAGAUCUU